AUGGCUCCCAGGAGGAUGGAAACCAAACCGGUGAUCUUCUGUCUGAAGACGCUGCUGCUGCUCUACUGCCUCGUCUUCUGGGUGACAGGUGUGGUUCUGCUGUCAGUGGGUUUGUGGUGGCGGUUCAUGUUGGGCCCGUACACGUCUCUGAUCUCCAGCGGACCCUCCAACGCGCCGUACGUCCUCACCGCCACCGGAGCCGCCAUCGUGCUGUUCGGACUGUUCGGCUGCUUUGCCACCUGCAGGGGGCGCUGCUGGAUGUUACGCCUGUACGCCGUGUUUCUGACUCUAGUCUUCAUGACUGAACUCAUCGCUGGAAUCUCUGGAUUCGUCUUCCGCCACGAGAUCAAAGGGACGUUCCUGACGACGUACAGCGACGCGGUGAUGAGAUACGAUGGACGAGACGACAGGAGUCUGGCUGUAGACGGCGUUCAACGUAGAUUACACUGCUGUGGAGUUCAUAACUACACCAGUUGGCUCAGCUCGCUGUAUUUCCCCGUCGGUGGGAUUCCCGCCAGCUGCUGCGUCACUUUCUCCGACUGCAGCACCGCCGACCUGAAGAACGCAACUCUGGCUGCUCGCAAAGUCUACAAACAGGGUUGUUAUGAGUUGGUGACGUCCUUCAUCGAGGGAAACAUGGGAAUCAUCGCUGGAGUGACGUUCGGCAUCGCCUUCUCUCAGCUGAUAGGAAUGUCUCUGGCCUGCUGUCUGUCUCGCUUCAUCAACGCCAACCAGUACGAGAUGGUGUGACAG